UGACGGUCUUUACCACGUGUUCAAACCGAAAGUUCUUGAGCCACGUUUUCCACCAUAGUUCUGAUAUUAGGCACAAGUGCUGUUUUUUCUUUCAGCAGUUGGAUAUAACGAGCUAUUGACUGGUUUCUGAUCUGGUGUUGAUUAUACACAGAACCUUGUCCUUCAGUGCUUGGGUGUAUUUCAGGAACAUACCAACCCCACGCAAAAACGUUUUUUCUCCAAAGUCAAAUGGUACUUCUGGGUCAAUUGACAUCAGAUCUGAAUCGGUGUUCAAAGCUCAGUCAAAGGAAGUAAAAAAAGAGUGACUGAUCUGUUUAAAUGUAGGUUUAAGGUUCCGCUAGAGCUCAUUGGCUGCUGCGGACAUUCAGGGCAGUUAAUUUGUUGAAACGUGAUUGGGUGGGAAGGAAGUCACCAACAUGCACUGUGGCCACCAGGACCCAAGCAAGGUGACCCUGAGCUUAGAGCAGACAUGUUGCACAGGCAAGCAUAUAAACCAUGAACUUUCUCAUGUACAUGCAUAAUAUUGUGUUGCCAAAAAUGCAGCAAAAUAAAUUUGCCAGACCAUUUCAUAGCACAGAUGAUUUGAUCUUUUAGUUUUUAAUCUACCCAAUUGUUAGUCACUGGCAACAAUAACUCGGAAUUUUUUUUUUUUGGCUUUUCUCUCGUAUUUAUUUCUUAUUUUUCCUCUCUUUAUUUUUAUUUUUAAAAUGUGACUGUUAUUAACGCUAGAGAUUUAACAAAGAUACCUCGAUGUUUUAAUUGAAAGAGACCUUUGAGCCUAAGAUGACUGGCUGCCUGCCCCUAUUGCUGGCCUUGGGUUCCCUUUCCAAGAGUGUGGCUCUAUGACCAUUCUGGGGCCCCUGGCUGACCAAAAAGCGGGGAGCCAUUGCGAGUGAAGACCGCUUUUCCCUAUAGCCCGGGUGGUGAGGAUGCCAUGGGGUUAGGACCAGAUGUGGGUUAUGCUCUUAUAGGCGGCGGGUUCGCGCGCGGCGGGAGGGACCGCUACGGGCCGCCGGUGCGCACCGAGUACCGGCUCAUUGUGGAGAACCUCUCCAGCCGCUGCAGCUGGCAGGACCUGAAGGACUACAUGCGCCAGGCGGGCGAGGUGACGUACGCCGACACCAACAAAGGGCGGAAGAACGAGGGGGUGAUCGAGUUCCGGCUGUACUCGGACAUGAAGAGGGCCCUGGAGAAGCUCAACGGCACCGAGGUCAACGGGCGCAAGAUCCGCCUCAUCGAGGACCGGCCCGGGUCUCGCCGCCGCCGGUCCUACUCCCGCAGCCGCAGCAGGUCCAGGUCCCGGUCCAGGAGCAGACGCUCCAGGAAGAGCCGCAGCCGCAGUGAAAGCAGCAACAGCAGCCGCUCACGCUCCAGGAUGGCGUCUCGCUCCCGCAGCCGGAGCCGCGACCGCAAGAAGGUGCGCGGCCGGCGGGAGGGGGAGGACCGGAGCAACGGGGCGCGGCGCAGCCGGAGCAGGAGCCGGGGCGGCGGCGGCGGCGGGCGGGCCGGGCGCAGCCGCAGCCGGAGCCGCAGCCGCAGCCCCAAGAGCAAGAGGAACAAGCGGGACCCCAAGAAGGGCCACAAGGACGAGUCCGGGUCCCGGUCCCGCUCCCGCUCCCGGUCCCGGUCCCGCUCGGACAACAAGGACCGCGGCAGGAAGUCCGGCUCCAAGACCCGCGAGGCCAAGAGCGACCGCGAGGAGGAGGAGGGCAGCGCCGGCGGGGCCGAGCGAGGAUCCCGCUCCCGGUCCCCGUCCCCGCCCAAGCCCCGGCUCAAGUCCAAGUCCAAAUCCAAGUCCAAGUCCAAAUCCAAGUCUAAAUCCAAGUCCCCCUCGCCCCCCAAAGCCAGGUCCCGCUCUCCCUCCGCCUCGCGGUCCGAGUCCCGCUCCAAGUCCCGGUCCCGCUCGCGGUCUCGCUCCCGGUCUCGGUCCCGGUCCCAGUCCUGAGGUGGACCGUCGCCCCCCCCCCCUCCGAAAAACCCCCCGCCCCCUUUCUCCGACCCCCCACCCCCACAUUUGUCCAGUUAUUUUUUUUUGUUUUGUUUUUUUUUUUUCCUUUUUUGAUAAAUAGUUGUAGGAUGACUGGGCACUCCUGCUCGACGUGUCUAUCACAUUAUAUAUAUGCUUCCCUUUCUUUCAUUAUGACUAUUAUAAUACAUCCUUACACGAUAGUGCUGUCUCUUAUUGGAGGUGUUUGUAAAAUAUUAAGUAUGUGAGUUUAGUCUGAGAAAAGGGCAUUGCUCAGAUAGAUUUUUAUAAGUUUAAAAGUGUCUGAAUACCGUAAUAGGUGUCUUAACCUUUGUAUUGCAUACUUUGAAAAGCAUACCGUGUUGACAGAGCUGUGUGGGGUGGGAUUAAUGUGAUUUUAUUCUGUUGCAUCCUUCAACUUUGUGGGAAGUCCUUUUACCAGUUAAAAAAUAAAAAAAACUUGCCUGA